CAAAUUUGUACUUUCGGUUAAGUUUUUAACCUUUUAAAAAAAUUACAGAAAUUGAUGUAAUUAAUCGGAAAACGUUGCUGGCAAGACAAUGGACCGUGACCAUCAAGGCCAGCAGGUGAUGUCCUUAAGACUGUCCAAAGUUCUGAGGGACAUCGGUGUCACCAGACAGAUGGUUGUCCGGAGGAGGAGGACAUUUCUGAUGAAGGAGAAGAUGAUAACAGUAGUCGACAAUAUUAAAAAUAAUAUUUUGUUUAAAUAUUUUGUUUUUGGUAGCCAAUCGGAAGGGACAACAACUCUAGGCAUGCAAUCUGAUAUAGAUAUGCUACGAUGCGUAGACGAUAUCAGUGUGAUACUGGACUGGAGAGAAUGGAAGCCAGCAAAAAUGUGUUUUCUGGUAAUAAAGAACGACUUAUCUCCACCCCAGCACUGCUGUCUGCAGUUACUGAAACGUGACUGUCCAUUGCCUGAAGGACUGGACAAUGUGCCAGCAAUAUGGGAUGUGGAGGCAGCAAUGGAUGGCAGGGUGCUGCUGAAAAACACUUGGAUGGAUGAUUUAUGGAAGCAGGAAUUUGGUGUGUUAUUCAGAAAACAAGGGCCAUCAAGAAGUACUGUCGACUAUUUUGAUUAUAUAUUCGCGUUUAGCUUCAGUGGACAGGUGCUCGAAUGCAAUUUUCUAUUCACAAGACCGAAGCCCGGUCACUGGCCGAGACCUGAAAUACUCGCAAAAGCACGUGAGUGUAAAUUAUUCAUUGUUCCACAGGGACACGCUGAGAGUGAUCAGUCAAAGCUGGAAUGGAGAUUCUCAACGUCACUGAUUGAAAGACUACUUAUGUUUGAUCUCAAUAUUUUACAAACACAAGUUUAUACAUUUCUGAAGAUCUUACGAAAGACUUUCUUCAAGCCGUUAGUUGGUGAUAGACUAAGCACGUUUCAUAUCAAAACAGCUCUAUUGUUUACUCUAGAGACUCAUCCUCCAGAAAUCUGGCAGGAACAUAACCUGAUGAAGUGUGCUAAAUACUGCCUGAAAACUCUUCAGCGGUGGUUCAAACUUCGGCACUGUCCACAUUACACAAUCUCGGGAGUGGAUUUGUUUGUGGGAAAAGUGAGAAAAUGGGAGUUUCCUUUCCUGUCAGCAAAACUAUCUGACAUGAUAGACAACAUCAUGGACUAUGUCACCCAGAUAGAAAUGGACCAGAUAGGGGAGAGGAUCGGUGACAUAUGCAGAACAUUCAGUACAAGAUAUCAGAAUACAUUAGCUACAGUGAGCUACUGCGUUGAUGAAGGAAUAAUCUCACUAUUCGGUAUGUAUCGUAGAUCUACGUUUGCAAUGAAGGACAUUUGCUCAACAAGGAACAUUCUCUUAAACGUUCGGGAAAUUCGUUAUGAGUCCGAUAUAUGUGCAGAAUUACAACAUGCAGAAAAAUGGCUUUACCAAUAUCUUGCGUCCAUGAUAGUAUCUAGGUGUCAUCGCUUGAACCAGCCAAUACCACCAGACAUUUACCGCGUGUAUGAAGCCUCCAUAGACCCAGAUCUCACCUCUGGCAGAUUGAAGUUGGCAUCCAUGAUGUACUGCAGUGGUCAGUACGAAAUGGCAGAAUUGAUGUUGGCCUACACCGAGGGUCUGAUGCAUGCCGAUGUGUGGCAGUGGUGUCCAUGUAUGGGAAGGGCGGAUCAUGAGCAAACUGAGACAUUUCUACAAAAUGUUCAUACAUCACCUCUUUUGGAAUUGAUAAAACGGCAUGUUGCAUGCAGCGUUCUUUUUAAUCCAUUAGAAAUAUGUUGUGUACCUGGGCUCCUAGUAUACGAGAUGUAUAGAACGAUUCGUCCUGAAGAUUUCCACCACAGACGUCGAAAAGUAGAUGAGUGGAUGGGCCUUGUUGUAAUUGACUCCAAACCCUUUAUGUUCUACCUGCAGUACCUCACAUUCAGACAACUGGGAAAAGAAGAGAGAAAACUGGAUGCAAAAUAUAAGUUACUCAACUAUAUUUGUGUUGAGAGUAGAGGGUGUGGUCAUAUAGAUACGGCCCUCCAUGUACUUGGCCACUGCUAUGAACUGGAGAACUGGUAUGAUAUGGCAUUGGCAUUGUACAGAAAAUCCCUUGAAUUAUUUCCUCACAACAAUGCAGCCAUAUGGCAUAUCGUGAGACUCCUUCAGCAGUCAUGAAGAAUACCAGAACAUUAGAAGCACACACCGUAUCACCCUAAUAUGGUAGCUUCAAUAAUCCAAAUUACUUUUUAAGUGGGAGUCAGCACUAUUGCAUUCGGAUAGAUAUCUGAAGUAAACUAUUUGACAUUUCAGCGUUUGAAGUAAGGCAUGCAUCACAUCUCAGUUAAAGUUCACUUAGUGACAUAGUGACACUAUAAUGAAGUUCAAGAUGUUUCAUUAAUAACUAUUCAAGUUUCGGAAUACACGUUUAUUUUUUAAUAAUAUGAACUCAGAGACACAUUUUAAACUGAUUUGUUAUUAUUCGUGCAAUUAUACCCCUAACAUUUAAUAUACAAAGGGUAAAUUGUCUCUUAGAAUUUAUAUAUAACAGAUUCAAGUCUGACUCUAAAUAGGUUGAAACAAAAGAAAUAAUGCAUGAAAAGUGUCCGUCAUUGUUUACAUUGCUUUUUGAUUUUGAGUUUCUAUUUUCAGAACAAUAUUACAUUUGCCUGAAACUAACUGUAUUCACCGCUACAAAUACUCUGCAAAUGAACGAAAUCCUCAAUAAAAUUAAGAUUUCAAUGCUAUAUUCUGUCAUUGAAAUCCAAUCUUGGUUCCUCCUUAACAGUGUAAGUUUGUAUAAACGCAUUCUAUUCAACAUAUAUUUCAAACAUCAGCUUGCAACAGUGUAUGUUAAACGAUUUUAUAAAUGAUGUAUUGAAACGGAUUAAAAAACAGAGCUUAUCAUAUAUCACUUCGAGGAUAAAUUGCAUUAUAAGGUUAAUUCAUGUUUGAUACAAACGUAUGAAAUGAGCCAGUUCAAGAAUUUGCAUAAAAUAAUAUUUUCAAAUGGAUAAAGAAUUAAAAUGGCAAUUAAUAGAAUGCAAAAAAUGACGUCUUAUGUUAAUAGCAUUUCCAAUAAAGAAUUAAUAUUCGGUGAUUUAUUUUGCAUAUAAGGCAUCAGCGACUGAUACUCUUGCAAUUGAUACCAACAUGAAGUAUUAACACUGAAUUAUCUUAUACCUUUGAUUGAAUGACGAUAGUAUUUAAAAUGUUACGACUCUCGGUGGUACUAAGUGCAACUGUAAACGCAGAUAUAGAGGUAAUAAAUAUUUACUAUCAAGCUAAACAAUAGCUAGAUUGUGCCAUGCUAAUGUUCUAUUGACUUGCCUCACAUUGCAGUAACAAUACUUAUUCGCAAAAGAAUGACAAGUAACAUCUUAUAAUGAUAACCCUAGCUUGUGAACACAGAUAUAGAUGUACUUGAUCUUUAAGGUAUACCAUGUACAAUAAUAUUGCCAUUUGGUGGCGCCAUCGGUAGUUAUGAUAAAUUAUGAUACAUUGUAGGUCAUAUAAACUUGAUGUCACACGAAAGGUUAUUGCUUACUUAUACCUACAGUUAAUGACCGCCAAUCACAAAAGGAAAAGAUCUAGAUUGCUUUUCAUUAUUACAAUUAAAUCGGCCAUUAAAAUUUCGAUUUUAUAAACUACAUAUUUAUUGCAAUAGUUUUACGUUGUCCGUGUAAUGCUUAUACAAAUAUCCGUUCUCUUCACUUAAACGCUUUUGAAAUUGUACUAAUAUAAUAUAAGGGUACCAGGUAUCGACAAUUCACUGUCUUGUACAUCAGAUACCUUAAUAAUAAGCUGAAGGCAAGUUUGCACCCGACCAAUG